GCAAAUGGAUCAUCAGGAGGUGAAAGAACCCAUGAAGGUCACACUCAUUAAAGAUGAGAUGAACCGAUCCAACACGGGAACAAGUGACUCAGAGAAAGUCAUCAAGCAUCUGAACGAGGAGCUUCGUGAGGCCCAGGAGCUCUCCAACACAGGAAAACUGAAAUGCAUGGAACUGCAAGGUCUCCUGGAGGAGGAGAGGAGAGCCAACAAGCAGCAAGCUGACGAGUCUGCAAAACAGUUGAAACUCCUACACGGCCAGCUGCGUCAGCUACAGGACGAGCUGGGGGUCCUUAGAGAACAGAAAGACAGCGCCUCCCUGAGUUCACAAGAUGAACUGCACAGAUCCCGAGAAGAAGUGAAGACGCUGCGUCGCACCCUUGAUGCUGCCACCGCCGAUUGGAAGCGGGAGGUCUCUACGGUCCAGGGUAACCUAGCAACCGUCUCCAAGGAUAUGGAGAAGUGGCGAGAGACAGCCAGCAAGUAUGAGCGUGAGAUUAACGGCCUGCAAGGUGACCUACAGCAGCAGAGCAAGCAGUGGCAGAAGGCUGCCGAGUCACAAGCAGGUGAAAUGGAGUCUAUGCAGAGGGAGUGCACCAGCCUCCAGAGGGAGGUGUCAUCCCUGCGCUUGGAGAAACAGGAAGUGCUGAAUACACACCAGAAGGAGAGUGCUGCCCUCAAGGCGGAGAAGGAGGAACUGCUCAGGGCUCACCAGAAGGAGAAGGGGAACCUACAGAAUGAGAGUGCUGUCAUGCGCUCAGAGAAAGAGGCCAUGCUGAAGAAGCAAAAGGAGCUAGAGAAGGAUUUGGCCAGCUCGCGUGCCCAGAGUGCUGAGCUGGGCAGCAUUCUGAAGGCCCUGGAGCUCUCUCAGGUGGAGAUGGAGAAGAGGCUGGGGGCCCAGCAGGAGCAGCACCAGCAGGACAACACCAAACUUCAGAGCCAGCUGGACCAGUCAGACGGCCGCACCAAGGACCUGCAGAGAGAGUACGAAGAGACGCAGACCGAGCUGUCAGACCUGAAGGAGAAGUUUGAGAGAACCGAACAGGAAAAGCAGUCGAUCACUGAUGAGCUUGAGGAGUGUAAAGCUGACCUGAAAAUGCUGCGGGAGAAAGGAAACAAAACCUCCCUAUUGCUGCCUGUCCAAGCCAUACUCAUCGGCCUUAUCCUGGCUUUGCUGUAUUGGUGCUUCGGCGCAUUGUGGUAGAAAGAGUGGAUGGAUCGUCUGGGUGCCUCAUGCAGUUGCCGUGGUAGCGACUAUGACUGCUGCCGUGCUCUACGCCAGGACCUGAGUGUGAGACACACACACACAAGGAUAUAUAAGUGCAAACAUGCACACAUACGUACAUAUGGUCAGACUUCUGUACACUAAACCUAUUAAAUGCAUUGCCU